CUUCUUCAUUUUAUUUUAAAGCAUGUUGGAGACCUUGGUAAUAUACUAGCAGACAAGAACGGCAGGGCUUCUUUUCGAUUAGAAGAUAAAACUGUGAAGGUUUGGGAUAUAAUUGGCCGAUCACUAGUUGUACACCAUGGAGAAGAUGAUUUAGGUCGUGCCAAUAAUGCUUUGUCAGAAAUAACAGGAAAUUCAGGCCCAGGCUUAUCAUGUGGAAUAAUCGCCCGUUCAGCUGGUCUUUUCCAGAACACCAAGAAAUUCUGUGCAUGUGAUGGGAAAAUCCUUUGGGAGGACAAGCCACUUUCUGCACCUACAAGCAUGCCACCCUCUCAGUUAUGACAUGAAUGUGUGUCUUCACAGUUAAUAUGAAUACUGUGUUAAGCUGUUAGGUGUUAAGAAUAAACAAAUUCAACUGAGAGAGAUAAUGUCUUCAGCUGAAGUCACUCAAAAUUCUUGUAAUUUGGCAUUG